GGGCCGGCGGAAGCGCUCGAGUGCCGUUGUCGGCUGCGCCGGAAGUUCUUAGCCGGGCCUGGCGGUAACCUUGGGGGCCUCACUGCAGCCGCCGCUGCUGUUGGAGUGGGCUUUGCGAGUCUGAACGUUGGCGGGGCUAGGCUCAUUAACUGCCGAGAGCCGCCGGGUUUGCGGUGGAGGACGCUGAGGCCCGUGGGGGGCAGGCACCCGGGCGCCGGGCCUCCCAGCCGACAUGUCUCUAGUGGCGGAAGCCUUCGUCUCCCAGAUUGCAGGCUGGAGUGCAGUGGCACAACCUGGGCUCACUGCAACCUCCGCUUCCCGGGUUCAAGCGAUUCUCCUGCCUUAGCCUCCCGAGUAGUUGGGAUUACAGGCGCCCGCCACCACGCCCGCGCGGAUUCAUGGAAAUAUUUUUAAAUCUGCAUGUACUUUAAAGAAAUACUUUUGAGUCGGUGGACUGAACAUGACUGAUGUAUAUAGCUGCAGAACCUUGGCCUGAAAAUGCUACAUUAUAUCAGCAAUUGAAAGGGGAGCAAAUUUUACUUUCUGACAAUGCAGCUUCUCUUGCAGUGCAGGCCUUUUUGCAAAUGUGUAACUUGCCUAUCAAAGUAGUUUGUAGGGCAAAUGCAGAAUAUAUGUCUCCAUCUGGUAAAGUCCCUUUUAUUCAUGUGGGAAAUCAAGUAGUAUCAGAACUUGGUCCAAUAGUCCAAUUUGUUAAAGCCAAGGGCCAUUCUCUUAGUGAUGGGCUGGAGGAAGUCCAAAAAGCAGAAAUGAAAGCUUACAUGGAAUUAGUCAACAAUAUGCUGUUGACAGCAGAGCUGUAUCUUCAGUGGUGUGAUGAAGCUACAGUAGGGGAGAUCACUCAUGCUAGGUAUGGAUCUCCUUACCCUUGGCCUCUGAAUCAUAUUUUGGCCUAUCAAAAACAGUGGGAAGUCAAACGUAAGAUGAAAGCUAUUGGAUGGGGAAAGAAGACUCUGGACCAGGUCUUAGAGGAUGUAGACCAGUGCUGUCAAGCUCUCUCUCAAAGACUGGGAACACAACCGUAUUUCUUCAAUAAGCAGCCUACUGAACUUGACGCACUGGUAUUUGGCCAUCUAUACACCAUUCUUACCACACAAUUGACAAAUGAUGAACUUUCUGAGAAGGUGAAAAACUAUAGCAACCUCCUUGCUUUCUGUAGGAGAAUUGAACAGCACUAUUUUGAAGAUCGUGGUAAAGGCAGGCUGUCAUAGAGUUAUGUGUUAGUCUCAGAAGUCUUAACUUUUGAAAUGUGUUUUACUUGAAUGUUACAUUAGAUAUUGAUGUCAGAAUUUUAAAACCAAAUUACUGCUUUUUGAAACCUCAAAUUAUAUAAUGUAUCUUAUAUAUGUGCUUUAUAUUGUUAUUUGUGUAUACAUUAAAAUAAUUCUGAAUUAUUUCAUCUGAUAUGUUGUAUUCUGUAUCUUGAAAUUUUUGUUUCCUUGAAACAUGCAUGCAUUUAAAAAUAAAGCUUAAACAACUGUA